AAAGAAGAAGAAAAAACCCUGCAGAAGAAGAAGAAGCAGAAACGUACGAGAUGGCCUCCGACACCCAGUCCACCGACCCGCAUUAGGGCUGGCUUUGCUGUCGGGUUACUUAGGACUGCGCAUUUCCCAAGCAAAGAUAUUUGUCUCAUUCCUAGAGCGGCGGAAGACCUCGGACGACGGCCACGAUGCACGCUUCGGCGGUCGGCUGCAAAAUGAGUUUGGGUUUGCUUUUUAACGGGCUGCUUGUGUCUGUGGUGGCAGCUUUACUUUGGGAGUACUCCAGGUUAAGAGAACAUGCUAUGGUGCUAGAGGAAGAGUUGCACAUGACACAGAGCUCUGAAGAAUUGACACAUGCUCCAAUGGACUAUCACCUGGCGCUCCAGGCGCUCGGUGAAGACGGUACCCGCAUGGUGUGCACCAGUAAAAUGCACACGGAUCGCAUCUGCCGCUUUGACUACCUGUGCUAUUGCACCGAGGGAGAUGAAUUUGUAUUCUUUCAUUCAAACGCCUCCAUUAUGUUGCCAAACUUGGGUUUCAGACGCUUCCAACCUGCUCUGCUUGACAUGUCCUCAGUGGAAGAUCACAAUACCCAGUAUUUCAACUUUCUAGAGCUUCCCACUGCCGCUUUGAAGUUCUUGCCCAAGCCCGUGUUUGUGCCAGAUGUCACGUUUAUUUUUAACCGCUUCAAUCCAGACAACCUAAUGCACGUCUUUCACGACGAUCUGCUGCCAGCCUUCUACACUAUGAAACUUUAUUCUGACCUGGAUGAGAGGGCGCGCUUGAUCUUCAUGGAGGGUUGGGGUGAAGGGCCCCACUUUGACCUCUACAGACUUUUGAGCAACAAGCAGCCACUUCUCAAAGAAAAGCUGAAAGACUUUGGAAAGCUCAUUUGUUUCACCAAGUCCUACGUGGGGUUGUCCAAGAUGACAACUUGGUAUCAAUACGGUUUUGUUCAGCCACAAGGGCCCAAAGCUAACAUUCUGGUCUCGGGAAACGAGAUUCGGCAGUUUUCCAAAGCGUUCAUGUUUAAAAUGAACAUCACGAGAAUGGAAGAGGCCCAUGCCGGUCAUCCUGGAGAUGAGAGCGAUACGGACGACUACAUAGUGGUCUUUAGCCGCUUAACCACGAGGCUAAUGCUGAACGAAGCCGAGUUGAUCGUGGCGCUCGCGCAGGAAUUCCGGAUGAAAGUCUUUAAAGUUUCUCUGGAGGAGCAGUCUUUGGCCAGCAUCGUCCGGGUCAUCAGCGGCGCUUCGGUGCUGGUGAGCAUGCACGGAGCGCAGCUCAUCACCUCACUUUUUCUCCCGAGAGGAGCCGUCGUGCUGGAACUCUUCCCCUUUGCGAUAAAUCCAGAGCAGUAUGCUCCGUACAAAACCCUGGCCACGCUUCCGGGCAUGGAUCUCCAUUAUUUUUCAUGGAGGAACAGCAAAAAGGAGAACACCGUUACCCAUCCAGACAGACCUCGGGAACAAGGAGGAAUAGCUCAUUUAGAGAAGGAAGAGCGGCAGCGAAUCUUGGCCAGCAGCGAAGUCCAAAGGCACUUGUGUUGCGACAACCCAGAGUGGCUCUUUCGAAUCUACCAAGAUACUCUGAUAGAUAUCCCUUCGCUCCUCGAUGUUGCCAGGAAGGCGGUGAAGACGAUGCGAAACUUCAACAAGUCCAAACCUGCCAGUAAGAUUCAUCCGGGCAGGGUCAGGGAAGCCCACUGUCAAACCUCAGUCCAAGCCACUGACAAGGCGCAACUUGUAAUCUCUUGGAAGAGCCCGUGGAAUCUGAAAUAUCUCAAAGUGAAAGAUGUUAAGUAUGAGGUGUGGAUUCAAGAGCAAGGAGAAAAUACCUACAUGCCUUAUAUCAUCCAACGGCAAAACUAUACAUUUUCCGAAAAUAUUAAGCCUUUUAUCACCUACCUGGUAUGGGUCAGGUGUAUCUUCAACAACAACCUCCUGGGUCCCUUUCAAGAUGUUCUCGUGUGUAGAACUUAAGGCAAGGUGCCGGCCGACACUUGUGAUUAACAUCAUGAUUGCUUAGUGUGUUAAAUUAUUACAUAUUGUAUUCAAUGUUGAUGUUGUUUUUAAUAUUAAAAAUGUGACAACAA